CUUUUGCGGACCUGAGUGGCCUCAAUAAGGUCAAAGGCACAUGGAAGGGAUCCAUCACCCUGCCAUGUGCCUAUAGGCCCAUGGAGGACCUUGAGCAGCAAACCCUUACCUGGUCUGUGGUACAUGACCAGAACCCAAGUACUGUCUUUCGGAGGGACAGCUCUGGCGAUCAUGUUCUCCUGUCCAAGUACAGGGACAGGGUCAGCGUCCCCAAAGAUACCCCAGGGAACAUGUCUCUUGUCAUCCAGAACCUGGAGGUCUCUGACAGGGGAACCUACACUUGCCGGGUCAUCUGGAGAGCAGGCAACAACAGCCUGAUAGCAAAGGAGAUCAGCACUGAAGUGGAGGUUGUCAAAG